AUGAAUGAGGAAACUGAGGAACAUGAAAAUACACCAGAACGGUUGAGAAAACUGAAGGCAGUAACUGCGGAAGAAACAAAGGAAGGACAAGGUGAUGAAGACGAAAAUACUUCCGAUAAUUCUGACCAAGAUGAAACAUUUGAAUUCAUGGAUGAUGAAGGGAGCAGAGAGAAAAGAAAGAAAUUGAAAGGAGAUAAGGUUGACAACAUCAUCAGGGAAGAACGCAUAAAAAAGAAAAGGAAAAUCAAAGGAAAGAAGAGAAAAGUUCUUUCGAAAGGACAUACUGAGGAAGUAAAUGAUGUUGAGAGGAAAAGAGAAGAAAACGAAGUAGAGAACCUUGAGGAAAAUGACAUAAAAACGAAAGGGAAAGUGAAAAGUAAUGUUGUUUCACAGGGAAAUACUAAAGAAACUAGUAGUGUUGAAAAGACAAGUGAACGUAAGAAAAAGAAAAGAAAAAUUACAGACGAAAGUAGAAUGAAAGAAAAGUUGGAGAAAAGCAAGAAAGCAAAGUUGGUGAAGAGUGGGACUGACGAGGACAAUAUGCAAACCGGAGAUUUGGACGAAAAGAACCGAGAACGGUGGAUGAAAGGCAAAGUUGUGAAGUACGUGAAAGUAAAGGACGGUGUAAUUAGAGGAGUUAUUGUAUUACAUAAAGGUAACUAUUUGGAACGACCUGUUCAGCUAGUAUGUCCUUUGGAGAUAAGGAGCGUGGUUAAGGAAGAUCAAGGAAGAGACAGUAUAUCAUAUAUCAUGGCGGACGAACAACAAUCAACCAAGCGCUCUGCGCAAAAUUCAAAAACUAUCGACCUGUGUACGCCUAUUAAACCAGUCAAAUCAAAAAUUAAGAAAAUCAACGCAUCAGAGAAAGGGACUGAGGAAAAAGAAGGAGAAAAAGACGUAGAUAUGAGGCAAAUUCAUCAAAUGUUCACUACAAUGAUGACGAAAUUGGAGAAGCUCGACGCAAUUGAAGCAGACAUGAAGGAAAUCAAACAUUCCUUAGAAUUUGCGCACGCUGAAAUUGCCGAUUUAAAAAAAGAAAACGAUACCAGCAAAGCAAACCAAGCAGAAGCAAAGGAAAAAAUUGAAAAGCUUGAGCAAGACAACACCACGUUGCGCAACAAAAUAGUAGACCUUCAAGCAAGAUCAAUGCGCGACAAUUUACUAUUUUUUAACAUCCAGAACGUGACCAAGAAAACACAACUGAAAUGA